AUGACUUCCCUACCAAUGUUGAGGCAAGAUUAUGUACAUCGUAUUGGGCGAACAGGACGUGGUGGCGCGAAAGGUUCUGCAAUAACGUUCUUUACAAUGGAAAAUGCUAAACAAGCUAAAGAUUUGGUAAAUAUAUUACGAGAAGCUAAUCAGGAAGUCGACCCUAAGCUUCUUGAGCUUGUAAAACUCGCUGUCGCUAGCACUAAUAAUGGACGAUCAAGAUAUGGCAGCAGUAGUGGUCGUGGUUAUAAUGCUGCUGUAAAUAACCGUUCUCGUUGGUGA